AUGAGUUCUUAUAGAGGUGGUGGUAGAGGCGGUGGUAAUAACUAUAUGAGCAAUCUGCCCUUUGGGCUAGGUUACGGAGACGUGGGCAAGAAUCACAUUACAGAGUUCCCAUCUAUUCCACUACCCAUCAAUGGGCCAAUAACAAACAAGGAAAGAUCUUUGGCGGUAAAAUAUAUUAAUUUCGCGAAGACUAUCAAAGACGGCCCAUUUUAUACUGGAUCAAUGAAUUUGAUAAUAGAUCAACAAGACAAAAACAAGAGCGGUAAACGCAAAACCAAUAUAAUUCUAGACGAAGACGAUACCAAUGACGGCAUUGAAAGAUACUCCGACAAAUAUCUAAAGAAAAGAAAAAUAGGCAUCUCCAUUGAUGAUCAUCCGUAUAAUUUAAACCUCUUCCCCAAUGAACUGUACAAUGUUAUGGGGAUCAACAAAAAAAAACUAUUAGCCAUCUCUAAAUUCAACAAUGCUGAUGAUGUUUUCACUGGUACAGGUUUACAAGAUGAAAACAUUGGACUUUCUAUGUUGGCAAAAUUAAAAGAACUAGCAGAAGAUGUGGAUGAUGUCUCGCCGGGUGAUGGAACAGCAAAAGGAACUAAAACAGGUGAAGGUGACGAUGAUGAUUUGGCGGACGAUGAUUUCGAAGAAGAUGAAGACGAAGAAGACGAUGAUGAUUAUAAUGCUGAAAAGUAUUUCAAUAAUGGUGACGAUGAUGAUUACGGUGAUGAAGAGGAACCAAAUGAAGAGGCCGCCUUUUAA